AUGGCCGUCGAGACACCCAGCACGAUGAGACCGGACGAGGUCGCCUACGCCAUGGUGCAGAGCGGCAUAAAGAAGCACAGAGACCGCUAUGAGAACAUCUUCCUCAAGGCCUUUAUGGCAGGAGCGAUGCUGUCUUUCGGAGGACUAUUGUCGGAGGUUCUCGCGGGAGGUGCGACCGGCCUCACAAGUUCAAACCCUGGAAUCGUGAAGAUACUCAGCGGCUUUGUCUUCCCUGUCGGUUUGGUGAUGAUUGUUCUGCAAGGCCAGGAACUCUUAACGAGCAAUAUGAUGGUAUUCCCCAUGGCCGUCCUCAAGGGUGCUAUCCCUUGGUGGAGCCUUCCUAUAAACUGGAUAAUCGUGCACUACACUGGGAUAGUUUCAACAGAACCCUACGAGUCCUAUAUCAAAAGCUUUGCGGUUCAUAAAGCGAGCGAUCCCCAAUGGCACCAGAUCUUCUUGCGAGGGAUCGGAUGCAACUGGCUCGUUUCUAUCGCAAUCUGGCAAGCUGCUGGUGCGAGAGAUACGAUAUCCAAAAUUUUCGCCAUCUGGAUACCUAUUUGGAUAUUCGUAGCUUGCGGAUUCGAUCACGUCGUCGCGAACAUGUUCUCCGUUCCUUUAGGAAUAAUGUUCGGCGCUCCUCUGACAACUACAGAAUAUAUCCGCAAAUCCUUGUUCGCGGCCCUCUUUGGCAACAUCGUUGGUGCGCUAUUUGUGGCCCUGCCCGCCGUUUACUGGUAUCUGGGAGAUUAUAACGCUGGCGGUCUCCGAGCCGCGGAGACGGGCGAGGGAUUGAACCCACCACGCCUUAUCUCACCAAGCAACUCCAGUACGGACGACGAGAAGAGACAAACAAGAGAAGGGACUGUCAUGGUGGAUUGA